GGUGACAUGAUUGUUUUUUGAAAUGAUCCACGAAUUAUUUAGGGACUAAAUUGAGCAUUAUUUAUAAUUAACAAGUGCCGUCCGACCAUGAAGCUCGUGACAGUGGACGCCGAUACACAAUCCCUUCCGGAAGACAUAAUCAGAAACAUUCUCAGUCGAAUUCCGGCGAAAUCCCUAAUCCAAUUCCAGUGUGUGAGCAAGCAGUGGAGAACUCUGAUCAAGACCCCAUCUUUCGUCGCGGAAAACCUCUGCCGUCAAUCCCCUUGUCUUCUUUUCCAAGGGGAACUAUGUUUACUCGAUUGUAAAAUGACGCUCAGAAAGGUGCGGGAUCCACAUUUGGUCUCUGGCCUGGAUUCUCAUAGGAUCAUGCCUUCCGUCAACGGCUUGAUCUGUUUGAAAAUCUCCCGGACCGCUUUUUGUGUGUGGAAUCCAGCCAUAGGGGAGCUCCGGAUGGCUCCCAAAGUUAUUGGUCCUUAUAAGGGUCACUCGAAUGUAGGAUUCGGAUUCGGUCCCAUUAUUAAUGAUUACAAGGUAGUGAUUCUUUGGUGUGAUGAUUUUCCCUGUUAUGCGCAAGUGUAUUCACUAACCUCGGGCUCAUGGAAAGUAGUCGAAUGUGAGAUCUUAGAGGGCAUUCGUCUUUAUCCGGAGUGGACAAGACCAAGUGUGACCGCAAAAGGAUCGAUUUUUUGGCUUGGGAGGAAGGAUGAUGGAGAUAUCAUAGUUUCAUUGGAAUUGUUUACAUUGAUUCCAGUGCCUGUCAUUGCAGACCCUGUUUGGUGGAGAAGGCUUGUGGUUUAUGAGAACAAACUUGCUUUGUUUAUUGAACAUAGGUUGUCUGAAAACUCAAAAUCCAUUGAUUUGUGGGUGAGAGAGGAGGGGAAUGUAGCAAGCUCAUCACUUGGUGAGAGAUGGACUUGGACUAAGAAAUAUAACACCACCCUUCCUCGCAAGGUAGAUCCUUUGACGAUUUGGAAGAAUGGAAUCGUCUGCAAAGUGUAUGAAGGAUGGCAGGUAGUGAAACCAAGAAUUACUCUCUUCAACGUCACGACUGGUGAAUUUGAUGCGUUUGUUAUGCAUGACUGUGACAAGUGUAUCGAUUAUGUGGAAAGCCUUGUGCCAGUUGGGGAAAUAAGUUGUCUGUGAUAUUUAUGUAGGGUUCAGAGAACCCGUUAACAUACGAGAGCAAUGAACCAAACCUCACUCUUAUCUCCUAAUGAACUUGUGUAGUGAUGCCAAUGGUAACGAUCCCUUAUCUCGAAAUUUUAGUUAUAGCAUUGUAGUUUAGGGGCCGGUUUGUCUAAGACAAGAGGGGAAAAAGUGAUUUUGGCUAAAUAAAUAUAGGGGAGUUGUUUGG